CGUAAAUUACCUACAGUACUAAAUACCUGCCUAGGCAGGUUGUGCUUGUCAACUUCCUUGAGGUAAGGUACCUACCUACUCACCUCUCCAUAGAAACUCGCACGUGGCAACAACGUGACCAGCCACUCCGCCCCCAGACCUUACCAACCAACCAACCAACCGACCGACCUAAGGUACCCCGCCAUUUUCCCCCCAAGGAUACCUGCAGUACCGAAUGCCCGGGCCAAUAUCUCUGAACCGGCCACUACCAUUCAAGAUUAUCGGGGGCACUCCAUGCAAAAGAGAGUGUCCAAGGCCUCUGCAUGUGUUGCUGCAUAGGUGGCGAGCCGAUUACUGACGCUGUUAGAACGGCGAGCCCAAUCCAGUGCUCUCCAGGGAUCGAGCUGGGUGACAAGUCGAAUAUUUGUUGCCCUCAGCUCAUCCAGCAAUUCCCACAAUGAGCACAAUGAGCACAAACAGCUCAGGCUCACAGGCCCAAAGUCCGGGGGCUGAUAUGACGAAGAGAUUUCAGUGUAAAACUUGUCAGCGUGCUUUUACGAAGGCGGAACAUCUCUCGAGACAUGAAAGGAGUCAUGCAAAGCACAAACCAUUCGUUUGUCCCGAGUGCUCAAAAGAGUUUGGUCGACAAGAUGUGCUUGUGAGACACAGAAAGCUACACAGCCGGAGCGGUUCAAUUGCCAUUGAAAAUGUAGUAUCGAUACAAUCUCCAUCAAACGGUCAAGCUGGAAGCGACAUGACCAUGACCGAGUUUAGCCCAGCGGCAUCAGCAGACGGUCAACUACUACCAAACGAGUCCUAUCUUGGUGCCCAGCAGCAAUUCCAACCAUCUAGUAGCAUUCCGUUCCCAACAUGGUCUGACACUGAUGACAUGCUCGCGUUCUUGACCUCAGAUCUCAGCAGUACCUGGCCUGUCACUCUCCCUGUCACUCAGUUCCAAGCAAAUUUUGAUAGUCCUGGGUCAGUACUGCCUCCUCUCGACGAUGACAGUCAAAGUGGUCAGGGUCAUCAAGCCAUGCAGCAGAUGAGCAGACUCAUAUCCGUUCUCUCUUCGAAUUUGACCUCGGAGAUCAUGAAUACGGGGAUUACUUCUUCGUUUCUGGACACAUGCAUGCAUGUUUUCUUUGACAAAUUCAUACCUUCCUUUCCAGUGUUACAUAAAGCAACAUUUGUAGUCAAGGAGUCCAGCCAUCCACUUUUGCUGAAUAUCAUGGCUCUCGGCUCUCUAUUUGUCGGAGCAAAAGAUGCUGUGCCGAAAGGCGAGGCUUUGUGGAGAUUGGCACAUAUUGCUGUUGCAACAAAUUGGAAGCACUUGAUGGCUACAAGGGGGCCAAGAGACACGUGUGAAGGUGUUCAAUUGGUACUUACAGCAGUACUUGGUCAAACCUAUGCACUCAUGUCCAAAAAUGAAAGUCUACGUAUGACAAGUCAGACGUUCCAUGGCCUUGGCUUCUAUUGGGCCAGGCAGUGUGGGAUGUUCAAUGUUGAUCGAUCUGCAAUCCUUGUACCAGCUCUAUCAGCGGCAGAAGAAGACAAGAUCGAAGCCUGGAAACUGUGGGCAGCACGAGAAGUACAGAAUCGGGGAGUUUUGGGUCACUAUGUCUUAGAUGGGCACAUAUCUCAAUUCUCGGGAUACGCUGCGUGUGCUCGACACGUUACUAAUCCAUUGCUCAUGCCUGCAUCAGAUGCCGCCUUUGAUGCGGCUACUGCUGAUGAGUGGAUCAAAGAGAUGCAAAAAUCAAGCAAUGAUCGCAUGUCUUUUCGAGAACUUUUCAAUAUCUUGUUCUCUGGUCCCUCUCGAGACAAUCUUCACCUUUCCAACUUCACAUUGCGAGUGAUACUUGAGGGAUUACAGUCACUAUCCGCAGAUCUCCAAGAAGCCGGUGGAGCAAUUGCUGUCGGAACUCCACGAAAAAAUGAGAUUUCAGCAGCGCUCAUUCGAAUAUAUAAAGAGCACUUGGAGAACCAGAUACCUUCAGUUGACCAACUCGAGCUACUCAUCAGAUGGCAUUCAAUAUUUCUCGAUUUAGCAUCACCAACAACGUCAAUGUGCAGGAAGCUAUGCGCUGUUUUUGAUGUUCCGCAAAAUCUCCAUGGUACAAGCAAGCAAGACGUUGGUGAGCUUGAUCUUGGUGUGUGGUCUCAAAGUGUGAAUGGCAUGCGGGCUGUUAUACAUGCUUUAGCUAUCCAGGAUAUCGUGGAGAAGAUGCCUUUCAGUCGAGCUCAUGCCAUCCACAUUCCCGCAGCUAUCUUUGCCGUCUCCACCAUUUACAGCGCUCGAUCUAUUGCAGGGUUUCCCACAAUCACCACCCCAAGAGCAUUCAAGUGGGAAAGUGUAUGGGGAAGCGAUCUGGAUGCUCAAGCCAACGUUUCUGAUCCUGCUACCAUUGACAUGAAUCGUUUCUUGAGCUGCAGGUACUCAAGUACAACGCCUAACUCCAUAACCAAGAGUUUAAUGUACGAACUUAACUCGCUACAAAUAAACCUCAACUCAAUAUCUUCCAGGUGGGGAGUGUCGUACGAAAUGGAUAAGGUCCUCAAUCGCUGGAUCUCGAUUGCGAAUGAGCGCCACCCAAUAUCGAUUUAG